GAUCAGACAGCCUGGAUGCGGGGACACGACUUGCUGCGGCUCUGCACCAGUACAUACAUAGAUAGCCAAAUACAAUGAUAUUUCGUCAAACAAUGUCCUAUUCAUGCCUUCCGAGCGCGUGCAAGUCACCAACCCUGAUAUCGAGUGGCUCCCUGUCGCGGCGCCAUAUAUACAACGUACAGCAUAGAUUGUCCAACUCUUCGCCACAGCCUUCGGUCCUCGACACCCACGGAGAUGUGUACUAACUAGCUGUCGCGUCUCUUGACUCGGUCUCCUGUGCGGGAAUACUAAUAACUUCUUCCAGCAGAAUAUCACUGACAUUUCCUUUGUUCAUGUUCACCCCGUUGCUGUUUUUCGCUUUCUACAUAGAACUUAGCACUAAUACAUCACUGUAGUCAAUACAAAUUCAUCCCAUUUGCCGUUUGCUUCAGCACUCGGGUGAACUAUCCUAAUCACACCUUCUCACAGUGCUGCUGUUUUUUUUUUCCUGCACCCUUUCUUUGUAUUGGGUACCUACUAGAUCCCGUUGUGGCGUAUGUAUGCUGCAACCUGUUAUCCAUUCACUGACCGAGUCAGCGCAUACACACUCUGAGUGCUAAAGCAACUGUUGGUCGUCACCCAAACCUCAACCCAGAAUUAACAACCGUUGGUCAUACUCAAAUGCAGGAUUUCCUUUCUCUUCCGGACACUCAUAUGUUUGGGGCAGAGAUCAACUACCAAGUACCAUGCGACGUGGGAUAUUCAGCCAAAGACUUGUUUGAACUUAUCCGCGUAACAUUGACCGGCAUGCUGCCUGGGUUAUUGAGAAAAUCUGCCUAGCUUCCAUGGCCAGAUUACUGUGUCGUCGCACUUGCAUCGUCCCGGAUCUAUGGGUCGCGAUGCCUUAACAUAUCCGGUCAUUAAGACGAUAUUCCCCCUGGACUUUCCUUGUUCAUAUUUUACUUCUUGAAGCAUGCGGAGACUAUGACUAACUAUGUUUUUCCAAGGUUUCCUGCACGUCCUCUCCCAGGAUGGGUAUAUUUUCCUCUCUCCACACACUUGGGAUUGACUAUCUCGCGGCGAACCUUGUACUGGACCAGAUAUCCUUGGGGACUCGCCGACAUCAUGAUGUGAUGCGCCAUUCCACAUGGUACUUUUUUGAGUCGCAACUACACCCCUGGAACAAAACCUAGGUCUUGCCAUGUGCUCCUUUUCGUCUCGUUCUGAUCACGCAUGGCUUUGCAGUAGCGAAGUGGGGCAAGGGCUCGAAGAACGACAACCGCCUUCAACUAUCAACCCCACAACAAAUAAUUCCAUGAAAACCCUGGAUGAGGUGCAAUUCAACCAGGCCUUAUUUUAUUGUUGUUUCUAUUGCACCCAGUCCCCUGUGUUCUGUCGGGAGAAUGCUGGCGUUGCCUUGGUGGAGUUCAUCGGAAAAAAAUCAAGCGCAAAACUAGCCUGGUGGAGGAUAAUCCCCCGCACCACCACAACGAAGCCGUCCACACCAAAAAACCAAUCUCACGAAAAUCAAUCUCACAAUUUGCGGAUUGCGGAUUCCUUCAAGACUAUUGCAAAUCAGACCGGGCGCAUCAUAUCGGAUAUGUUUUCCAGCGUGGUCGACCAAUGUUGGAUCAGGGUGGUAUAUCCCCAAUGGCUAAGUACGAUUGCUGACCUAAGCGACACAGCGGAAGCUCGAUCUUGGUGA